AUGGCUAACUUUUAUCGUCCAGAUAUGGCAUCGCUUGCCUCAGCUAGGGGCAGCACGUCCAGCACGGCAAGCAAGCAGAUCCCACUGCAAUGCUCCGUCUGCCCCGAAAGACCAAGCUUCUCCGAUGUCUCGCACCUGCUGACACACAUCGCUUCCAAAGGCCAUUUGCAUCAUGAGACGCAGACGAGGCUCAAAUCCCACCAGGAUGGCCGCGCUUCCGCCGCUUUGCAGGAAUACGAGCGCUGGUACAAGGCGAAUGCGAUCGAGAGUCUUUUGGUCGAGAGAAUGAGGGCCAAGCAGCUGAAGGAAGCGGCUAGGAGCAAGCGCGUGCGGGGCGCGACUCCGGCACCGGUCUUCAAGGCGAAGAGGAAGGCGAAGCGCUUGGCCACGUUCAAUUCCGCCAAAGCCGAGCAUGAGGAUUUUGCCCAAAACUUCCCCUUGUUCACCAACUUCUUCACGCCCUCUGACAACGAGACAGAGAACCAAGACGACUACCUCCAAUGCAAUGACAUGCUCUCUCUCAAAGGCCAAGUCUGGCCCGGAAUGGGCAAGAUGGAUCUCGCCAACGAGGACAUGAAGCGAACUCGAAAUCAGCGCAAGCCCAACUCGGUCAUUGAAAAGAUGCAGAGAACGUCUGAAGGCAUCGAGCCCACGCAGGUUGUCAUGACCUCGGACUUUGAAGUCGAAAGAGUCAAGGGUGUUUACGAUAGCUCUUCUCCUAUCCCUGGUCAGGAAGCGACACCCAAGAAAGUGACGAAGCCGAAGCGCAAAAAGCCUGCACCCCUUACCGAGAUAUCGGGCAACGUGCCUAGGGCUGCGACACGUCGUUCGGGCCGGAACGACCUUGCCAAUGGAAACAUGUCUCAAAUCAAAGCAGAUCACGACCGAGAUACGAGCUCUGAUCUGACGCCGUCGCUCGGGGCCUUCAGACAUAGCCACGACGUAUUUCGUGACGACGAUGGAGGCCAAAGGCUCUAUGAAGAUCGUUCAUUCACACCCACGCACCGGGAUCACAAAUUUGAAUCUCGCGAACGACUCGGUCUCCAUACGCUUAACUCAAUUUCACACUCGAACUUGAUGUCGCCGACCCCUUCAUCGCGAGACGUCUCCGGUCGACUUCUGCCGCUGCGAGAAUCGCAUCGCGGACGAACGCAGACCCACAUGUAUCUUGGGCACAGUAACCACAUGGCUUUGGGUUCCCUCCCCCAAGGGGAGGCGACGUACGGGCUCAAUGACGCCUCGAUGUACGAAAACCCCGCCAGACUUUCAUUCAACUCGAACGGUCUCUUCAACCCCAUCACCCAUGAUGGAUUUCGCGUAAACCCUACGAGCCACCUGCAGCAGCAAAAGCACGAGGACUAUUCUACCUGCUCCGCCGUGGACCAUCUCUCCAACCCAAGCAACAAUCAUUUCCUCGUGAUGUCUGAGUCGAAUCCUCUGUUUUCCCAAGAUCGCCUCUUUCUUCCACCAUACACCCAGCCUGCUGCUGGCCAGUCCCUAUCUUCUCUUGGGUUCACGCCCAUCAACAACCGUGGUCGAGAACACGGCCACACGGCUCCAUAUGACCCGGACCAGCAGCCCUCCAUGGCAAACGUCAAAAUGGAAUCCCAAAUUUGCGACGGAAUCGAGGGCGAAAGUCCUACCGGCAAGCAGUCAAACUUUGGCAUGUGGAAUUCUCAGGCACAAGACCGCGGCGUUGUGCUACACGAAGACCUCAACGACGAGGAACUGGACAUGUGA